AUAACCAAUAGAAAUAGUAUUAGUACUCACCCAGUUCAACAUUUCAAUGGGCUAAAUAAUAAUCAAAGACCUAAUACACCUCCUCCAAAUAAUCAGCAACAAGUUGAAAAUAAUUUAUUAAAUGAAAACUAUGAUAAUAGACCAACUCCUUCAGUAAAUAAUAAUAGUGGUUUUUCAGAUAAUAGUUCAAAUAGACAUCAUAAUCGUAACGGAAGUAAUAAUUCCGUUAUAAGUGCAAAUCAAAUGAACCUUGAUGAUCAAUUAAGUGAAAGCAAUAAUAGACUAUCUCAAAGACCAGCACCACAAAUUAUAAGUUUAAUUCAAUCACUAUUAAAAAACCCUAAUGAUGACCCAAAUAAAAGAUCAUUAGAAUUAAUUGUUAAAAAAUAUCCAUCAUUUAAUGGUUCAAACAAUAGCCUAAGCCAAUCAAACUCAUCAAUUGAAAACUCACCAACCUAUAAUGCAAAUAGAUCUCCAACCCAUAAAAGCCAAAACUCACCAUUAUCAAGAUCUUCAAUUAUAGAUAACAAUAGAUUUAAACCAUUUUCUGAUAAUAAAUCCAAUGCCAGUGAUGUAAAUAAUAACAAUAAUAAUAUAAAUGCAAGUCAUAGUGAUUUAUCGCCAAUCCAAGAACAAGGUUCUAUAAACAAAGAAGAUGGAGCUGGUAGUUCCAGUGGUACAAAUAACAAUAAUUUAAGAACAAGAUUAGAAAUUCCAACAAAUAGAAUACCAUUAGCAUCUUCAAACAAUGCUAUUGAUUCUUCUGCUGCACCAUCAUCAAAUACAAUUAGAUCACAACAAAUAUCACAACCUUUAUCAGAAGUACCAUCAUCCUGUUCUCCCCCAUCAAAUGGUACAUUAUAUAAUCAAACAAUAAAUGAAAAAGAAGAGGAAUAUAGUUUAGAUAAUAAAGAAAUGCAACAAAAAAGCGUUACAGUUAAUAUUAGUGGUGAUCAACAACAAGAGCAAUCACAAGAUGUUACUCCAUCAUCAUCGACAUCAACAACAUUUGAGGGUUCGAAUAAUCUCAAAAGAAUGACCAAACUAUUAGAAGAUGCGCCAAAUAAAGAAUAUACAAAAGAAAAUGUUCAAUCAAACGAUGAAUCAUCAAAUACAACUUCAUCAAAUCAUGAUAUAUCAUCAGAAGAUGAAAAAGAAAAUAAAAAAGAACUCAAUGAUACUGAUUUACAAGUCCCAAUUGGAGAUAUAAAUAAAUUUGAAUAUCCAAAUGAAGGAGCUCGUGAUAGAGCAUUUUCAAUAACUGAUGCAAUCAACAAUGCAACUGUAGGUGAAUAUGUAGAGCCAAGAGAUAGAGCCUUUUCAGUAACCGAAGCGAUGAAUAAAGCAACUGUUGGUGAAGCAUUUAAUGAAAUGGAAAAUAAACAAAAAGAACAAAAUAUGGAAUAUAUAGAUAUAGAAGGUUCAGAAGGCUCCGAAGAAAAUAACUAUGAUGAAAAUGUAACAGUACCUCAUCAACCAGGAAUGGAUCCAAAACCUCUUACACCAAAACAAAUUUUAAUUAUUUUUUCAGGUUUAAUGACAAGUUUAUUCCUUUCAUCUCUAGAUUUAACCAUUGUUGCAACAGCUUUACCUGCUAUUGUUGCAGAUUUACACGGUGCCGAACAAUUACCUUGGGUUGUAACCAUUUACCUUUUAACAUCAACUUCAGUAUCUCCUUUAUUUGGUAAAUUUAGUGAUAUAUUUGGUAAAAAAAUUCUCUUACUUUCAUCUUUGGUUAUAUUUUUAAUUGGUUCUUUAUUGUGUGCAGUAGCUACAUCAAUGAAUAUGUUAAUUUUAGCCCGUGCUAUUCAAGGUGUAGGCGGUGGUGGUUUAAUGUCUGCAGUAAUGAUUGUUAUGGCUGAAAUUGUACCACUUCGUGAUAGAGGAAAGUAUCAAGGUUUAUUGGGUGCUGUAUAUGCAGUUUCUUCUGUCGUUGGUCCUUUAAUGGGUGGUACUUUUACUGAUAAUAUUACAUGGAGAUGGGCAUUCUGGAUUAAUUUACCAUUGGGCGCAGUUGCAUUUAUUGUUGUAUUUUUUGCUUUAAGAAUUCCUCAAAAAGUAAUUCCAUUUAGUGAAGGUGUUAAGAAAAUUGAUGUUGUUGGUUCAUUAUGUUUAGUAGCUGCCACAAUUUGCUUCCUUUUGGGUUUAAGUUGGGGUGGAAUCGAUUAUCCAUGGGACUCACCAAUUAUUAUUUGUCUUUUAGCUGGUACAGGUAUAUUUGUAUUAAUAUUUUGGAUUAAUGAAAAAUAUUGGUUCAAUACACAUCCAAUUAUUCCAUUAGAUCUCUUCAAGACUCGUAACUAUGUUCUCUGUAGUAUUGGCUCAUUCCUUCUUGGUUUUGUAAUGUUUGGUGUUAUUUAUUAUAUCCCCCUAUAUUUCCAAUAUGUCAAAGGUGCCACAGCCACAGCAUCAGGUCUUCAAUUAUUACCAACUAUGUUAGGUAUAGUAUUAUUUGGUGCUAUCUCGGGACUUUUAAUUACAAAAUUCGGUCAUUAUAAAUCUUAUCCAAUUGUUGGCAUGGCUUUUAUGAUGAUAGGUAUCUAUUUACUUUCAUUAUGGGAUCACAACUCUACUCAAAAAGAAUAUAUUGGUUAUCAAUGCUUUAUUGGUGUUGGAAUUGGUCUUACAAUGCAAAUUUUAGUAUUGAUAGUUCAAAAUAGUGUCAAUGUAGUUUAUAUCUCAAUCUCAACUGCAACCGUUAGUUUCUUUAGAUCAAUUGGAGGUGUAGUUAGUGUUGCUGUAUUUAGUGCAAUUCUUAAUCAACAAUUUUCACAAAAUUUAAGUGUUCUUGUGGAAAAAGAUGCAUUUAUAUUGAAUGGAAGAGCACCACAUAAUUUCAAUAUCGAAUGGAUUAAAGAAUAUAGUGAACCAGCAAAAUCCCAAAUUAUAAGCUCCUAUCAAGAAGCCCUUUCAACUGUUUUCCUUUCUGCUGCUCCAUUUGCUGGUUUAGGAUGCGUAUUAGUUUUAUUUGUAAGAAAUAAUAAAUUAAGAACCACAAUGAUCACUCAAAAAGAAAAAGAUAAAAUGCAACAAGAAAUGAUGGAACAACAAGAAGAAUUAGAAGGCGAUGAAUAUUCAGAUACAAGCAUUGAUAUGGAAAAUAAUAAUGUAAUGGAAAAUAAGGAAUAUAAUAAUAAUAAUAAUAUAAAUAAUAAUGAAGUAGAAAUAGAAUUAGAGCAAAUUAAUCAAACCACAAAAAGAAAAAACACUUUAGAAUCCUCUGUAUAAAAUAUUUUAAUAUAUAAU